AUGGAGGAGAGGCGGAGGACCCGCGCCCGCGGGAGCGACAGCGGCGGCGGCGGGAGGCGUCCGUCGUCGCGCGCGGCCGGCGCGGCGCUGCGCCGGAAGGUGCGGGAGCUGCGCCGCCUGGUGCCCGGCGGGGAGGAGGCGCCUGCGGGGGCACUGCUCGUCCGCACCGCCGACUACAUCGUGCGGCUCCGGGCCAGGGUCGAGCUCCUCCGGGCACUCGCGGCCGUCUACGGCGCCGCGCCGGCGCCGCUGGAACUCGCCGACGACGGUGCGGACGCCGCUAGCGCCGACGCUGAUGCGUGCGCUGCAUGA